CCGCGCUGCCGGCCCUGCCAUGUCGUCGUCCUUCUUCAACCCCAGCUUCGCCUUCAGCUCGCACUUCGACCCGGACGGCGCCCCUCUCAGCGAGCUGUCCUGGUCGUCCUCCCUGGCCGUGGUGGCAGUGUCCUUCUCUGGGCUCUUCAGUGUCGUGGUCCUCAUGCUGGCCUGCCUGUGCUGUAAGAAGGGUGCUAUCGGCUUCAAGGAGUUUGAAAAUGCAGACGGGGAGGAGUAUGCAGACAGCUUCUCCGCGCAGGGUUCCCCGGGGGCGGCUGCAGGGGCGCGGGGCGGCCCCGACGUGUACAUCCUACCACUGGCUGAGGUCUCUCUGCCCGCCGCCAAGCAGCCUGGACGCUCAGUGCAACUCCUCAAGUGCGCGGAGCCGGGCCGGCACAGCCUGCUGUACCUGAAGGAGAUCGGCCAUGGCUGGUUUGGGAAGGUGUUUCUGGGGGAGGUUACCUCGGGCGUCAGCAGCAGCCAGGUGGUGGUGAAGGAGCUGAAGGCCAGCGCCAGCGUGCAGGAGCAGAGCCACUUCCUGGAGGAAGCCCAGCCCUACAGGGCCCUGCAACACAACAACCUGUUGCCGUGCCUGGCGCAGUGCGUGGAGGUCACGCCCUACCUGCUGGUGAUGGAGCUCUGCCCACUGGGGGACCUCAAAGGUUUCCUUCGGAGCUGCCGGAUGGCGGAGUCCAUGGCGCCCGACCCGCUGACGCUGCAGCGGAUGGCCUGCGAGGUGGCCUGUGGCAUCCUGCACCUGCACCACCACCACUACGUGCACAGCGACCUGGCCCUGAGGAACUGCCUGCUCUCGGCUGACCUGACCGUGAAGGUUGGCGACUAUGGCAUGUCCCACUGCAAGUACCGAGAGGACUACUUUGUGACCGCUGACCAGCUGUGGGUGCCCCUGCGCUGGAUAGCGCCGGAGCUGGUGGACGAGGUGCACAGUAACGUGCUGGUGGUGGGCCAGACCAAGGCCAGCAAUGUGUGGUCCCUGGGCGUGACCAUCUGGGAGCUCUUUGAACUGGGCUUGCAGCCCUAUCCGAACCACUCCGACCGCCAGGUGCUGGCCUACGCCAUCAGAGAACAGCAGCUCAAACUACCCAAGCCCCAGCUGCCGCUGCCCCUGUCUGACCGCUGGUACGAGGUGAUGCAGUUCUGCUGGCUGCAACCGGAGCAGCGGCCCACGGCCGAGGAGGUGCACCUGCUGCUGUCCUACCUGUGCGCCAAGGGCGCCACCGAAGCCGAGGAGGAGUUCGAGAGGCGCUGGCGCUCGCUGAGGCCCGGCGGGGGCGGCGGGGCCGGCGAAGGCGGCGCGGGCACCGGGGCGGGGUUGGCGGGCCAGGCGCUGGCCGGUGUGGCUGAGCUCACCGCCGCCUCAUCCUUCCCGCUGUUGGAGCAGUUUUCGGGAGAGGGCUUCCAUGCCGACGGCGACGACGUGCUGACGGUGACCGAGACGAGCCGCGGCCUCAAUUUCGAGUACAAGUGGGAGGCGGGGUGCGGUGCCGAACCCUUCCCGUCGCCGGGGCGCGCGCCGCUGAGCCCGGGCCGCGCCUCGCGCCUGCAGGAGCUAUUCGCUCCCGACGGCGCGCCCCCGGGCGUGGUGCCAGUGCUCAGCGCGCACAGUCCCUCGGUGGGGAGCGAGUAUUUCAUCCGCCUGGAGGAGCCUGCCGCCGGCCACGGCCCCGACUGUGCCAGCUGCGUCCGCAGCCCCCGCGCCGCGCGCCGAGACGACGAGGACUCAUCGGACGAGAGCACCCAUGCCUCGCUGGCCCUGGAGUCGCUACUGGGCCACGCGCCCUCUGCCGGCGGUCCCUGGGGCCACUGCGACUACCACCUGCGCCCGAGCUGCGCCCAGGGUCCCUCGCCCGGGGCCCUGAUGGUGGCGGAGCAGGGCACCGAGGAGGACCUGGACUGGGGCGAGGCCGCCUUCUGCCCGGGUUUCUUCGAGGACCCGCUGGGUGUGUCACCCGCGGGGAGUGCAGGGGCGCGGCCAUCGCCGGGAGGCGAGGAGGCCGAGGUGCGCAGGGCGGCCCAGCACCCACACUGGAGCUCCAACGUGUCCGCCAACAACAACAGUGGCCGUGCCCAGAGCUUCGAAGACACCUGCCCCGGCGGAGAGGAGAGUCCGCUGGCUGGCGCCCAGCCAGGCCCCUUGCCGGCCCAGGAGGACCCGGAAGAGCUGCUCCUUGGCCCCCCGACGGCUUCCCCUGACCAUCAACCAGCCCACUGCCCUGGCCUCGCGGACCACUGUCCUGUCAAAGGCCUGGCAUCUGGCACCAUAGUGUCCCACUUGGCAGAGACAGCGGUGAGUGGGGACAGUGGCACCCCUGGGGCAGAACCCAUGCUUGUAGAGGAGCCCGGGGGCUUCCACAGACCCCACCUACCCCUCAUCUUGAGGUCCUCCCCCUCCCAGGAGGGAGCGCCCCUGCCCGCCUUCCCCACCCCCGCCACGCAGCUUGUGGGGACCCCUGAGAGCUAUAGAAGCUCUCUGGAAUCCCCGGUGCCGGGCAGUGAGGACAAAGACACCCCCGACCCCACUUCGGGGGUCUCGGCAGACUUGCCCGGUGACGGGCCCCUGUUGGAGAAUCCGGCCGCGGUAGCAGCCGGCCGCUCCCUGCAGAAGCAGGCGGGCCUCAUGGCCGUGCUGGCCCCUCUGAACAUCGCAGCCUCAGCCAGCGACGGUGGCUGCGAGGUCUUCAGCCCGGCGCCCAGCGGCACCCCUGGCGGGCAGCCCCGAGCUCUGGACAGCGGCUACGACACGGAGAACUACGAGUCCCCCGAAUUCGUGCUCAAGGAGACGCCAGAGGCUCCGGAGACCCAGGCCUUCAGCGAGCCAGGGUCGGCGCACGAAAGCCCGGGGCUGGACACGCAGCCCUCCACCUCUCCCAUCCGCGACAGCGACAGCGGCGGCGGUGGCCUCAGCGCCAAGAACCCCUACCGUGACUCCGCCUACUUCUCCGACCUGGACGCGGAGCCAGAGCCCCCGGCGGGCGCUGGUGACAAACUGGACUGUGUGGUCCGCGUCCCUGCGCCGGCGCUGCAGCCGGUGAACUCGCCCAGCUGCCCCCCGGGGCCUGGGCUGCCCGGGGAGGCGCAGGGUGCUGGUCCCAGGGAGGCGUCCCCGCCGCCGUCCCCCGCCGAGGAGUCAUCGCCAGAGCCCAGCGCCUGCCCCGGGCUCCCAGGCACCCCCGAGGCGCCGCCCGCGCCGCACCCCGGCCGCUCUCAGUUUUUCCUGCUGACCCCGGUCCGGCCAGGCUCGGAGGGCGGCCCUCCCGAGGUCCCACAGGAGCGGCCCCGAGCGGACGGCGGCGCAGAGCGGCCCGCGGGUUCAGGCGUCCCCAGGGCCCCGCUCUGCCUGGCCCUGCCCGGCCUGGCCCCCGAGGACCGGCCCGAGGAGGACCAGGAGGCCAGCGAGGACAGCGAGGAGUCCGACGAGGAGCUCCGCUGCUACAGCGUCCGGGAGCCGAGCGAGGAGAGCGAGGAGGAGGCGCAGGUGCCGGUGGUGGUGGAGUGCCGGAGGGCGCGCAACCUCCGCAGCCUGCUCAGGAUGCCGCCCUGCGAGGACCCGGAGCGCAAGAAGAAGGCGGUGUCCUUCUUCGACGACGUCACCGUCUACCUCUUCGACCAGGAGAGCCCCACCCGCGAGCUCGGGGAGCCCUUCCCUGGGGCGAAGGAGGCGCCCCCCACGUUCCUGGCCGGCAGCCAGGGUUCCCCCAGGGUCCCCGGCAGCCUGGGGCGGGCUAGCGAACCCGAGGGCCCAGUGGUGGUGGAAGGUGGCGGGCUUGAGUGGGAGCACGAGUUUCCGCUGGUCCAGGCCGAGGCGGCCUUAGCGACAGCACUGGGCGCGCGGGUGGCGGACCCCACGCCGUCGGCGCCACCAAAACCGGUCGCGCCGGGCUCUUUCUCCCGGUUCACCGUAUCGCCCACGCCCACGUCUCGCUUCUCCAUCACGCAAGUCUCCGACUCGGCCGUGGAGGCCAUGGGAGGCCCUGGCCGAGGCACCGGGCAUGGGAACACUGAGGCUUGAGAACAGGUGGCCGUCCACCCCUUGAAGGCUGGCGUCCCCAGAGCCCCUGCUACCCCCUCCAGGCGGUGUCCAGGAUAGUGACCAACCAAGAGUGACCACAGCAGCCUCUUGGCAGAGCGGCACAGGAGCCGGCUUGGGCUGCGGACAAGGCGAGAGGCUUGCCCUCUCUUUAGACAGCUUGGGACAGGCUGGUCCUAGACAUGAGUCUGCAUUGGCCCCCACCCUCCACCCAUGUGGGCAUCAGUACUCACACAUGUACACAUCCGAGUGGACCCCCCCCCCCACCGGCAGCACCUCUCCUGCCCUCACCAAUGUGCUGAACUGCUGGGCAGCUGGCCCGUCCACCCUGCCCUCGCACUACAGCUGGCUCCGGAUGUCCCCAGGAUGCCACGCCUUGGCCGAUGGACAGCAGCAUGUGUGUGAGCAUCUCCCAUCUCAAUGCCUCGCACAUGUGCCAGGACAGGACCCUUGGGCUAGUCCAGCUCUCAGCCUUGGGCCCCCUUCAUUGGCAUCGGGUGGUAUGUGAGCACCCCUCUCCAGCAGGGUCUGGGCUGCCUGCCACCUGGGCCGACAGCUGGAUCCUGGGGCUGGGGACCCUGGUGGGCAGCCAAGAUGGGAGGCUUUAGGUCACCGUUGCACUUUGGGGUCUGUCCUAGAGGCAGAGCCCAGCGUUCUGGCUGUCAAAGGGCAGCGAGGUCGUCCCUCCUUCCAUGGGGGUGCUACAUCUGCGGGAAGGGGGUGGGGUGCAGCCCUGUGGCCAGAGGAAGGCCAGUGGGCUGGUUUUUAGUUACUGUUGCCAAAGAGAUGUUGAGUGGACCGUCGUCACUGUCCCAGUGGGGUGGGUCCUGCAGGUCUGUGUUACUCAUCCUGGGCUUCGGAUGGGGUGUGGCAAGACUCCCUUCUGGUCUUCUUUUUUUCUUUUUUAAAGAGAAAUCAAGCUGGGAAAA